AUGGAAGAGACAUCCACGCUUCAGAUCCAAGCAUACUUAGACGAAAUCAAUGUCGUCAAAGCAUUAAGAGGGAGACAACUUACCGACCAAGACAUUGCAAUUGAUAUGUUUGAAGAAGAGUUAAAGAAACUAGUUGAAUCUAGGAGGAAAGUUAAUGAAACGAGGAAAGUCAAUGAAACGAGGACAGUUAAUGAAACGAGGAAAGUUAAUGAAACGAGGAAAGUUAAUGAAACGAGGAAAGUUAAUGAAACGAGGAAAGUUAACGAACCGAGGAAAGUUAAUGAGACGAAGAAAGAGCAGACCAAAUCCAAGUACAAAGGCAAAGCAUCUGAAUACAGAAGUAUUAACGAGACCAGUAAACCUGACAAAACACCUACUGUAAAAUCCCUAUCAAAGAAUGAUCCCCGUAUUCCUCACCUUGAAAAGCUAACCUCAUCGACAUCCAAUUGCGUUGCCUGUUUUGAAUCGUGCACGGUAUACUCUGUUGCUUGUUCCCAUGCUUUCUGUAUGGACUGCUUCCGUCAGUUGUUUAUCUCGGCUACAACAGACGAAUCAUUGAUACCAGUGCGUUGCUGUGACAAAAUUAUUGGAAUGAAACACGCUCGAGCCAUGCUAUUUCCGAGAGAAUUUGAAAAGUUCAAAAAAAAAUGUUUGGAAGUAAGGUCAAGAAACAAAGUAUAUUGUCCCGUCAAAACAUGUUCUGAGUGGAUCUUGGUAAAUAAGAACCAGACAGAAGUUGAAUGUAACAAAUGUCGUGCGCGGAUCUGCACCAGGUGCUCCACCCUUGCGCACGAGAACACAGAUUGUCCGCGGGAUGAAGAGCUUUUGAAACUCAGAGAACUCGCGUCCACAGCUGGCUGGAAAGACUGCCCCCAAUGCCACUUCAUCAUUGAACUUACUAUUGGUUGCUACCAUAUGACAUGCCGUUGCGGUUACCAGUUCUGCUAUCUCUGUUCUGCUAAAUGGCGCACUUGCAAUUGUCGUCAAUGGGAUGAAGUUCGUCUUCAGAACGAGGCUCGUACACGAAUUGUAAACAUCCAACCACAGCUGGCUGGUGCACAUCUGGAGAGAAGAGUCGGAGAGUUCGCAGAAGAAUUAAGGGUGAGACACGAAUGUAGACACAAAUGGGAGAACAGGAGAUGGGAUUUUGCUCGAGAUUGUGGGAACUGCAAUUGGAAUAUGAUUUGGUAUGGAUGGGAAUGUGAGACAUGUUUAUGGAGGGUUUGUGCUAAGUGCAGAUUUCACAGAAUUCGAGUCAACAGACGAGUAGGUAGUGAAGCGAAUGCGAGUUCAUCUGCGCAGACACCUAGGCAUACCACCGCAGUUUCAUCUAGAAGGAUAACUAGCACUGUUACUGCAAGUUCGUCAACAAGUACGAACAAUCAUUCCAAUACAAACCCAAUCAAUUACUCAAACAGUUCCCGUAGGACUAUGACUGACAGGACCACUCCUGCAAGAGCAUCCUCAAAUGCGUCCGCAAGUACAAGUAGAACCAUUGGGGUGAGUGCGCCUACAAAUACAAGGGGAAUCGUUAGUGCGAGAAUCAUCAGUGCGAGCUCACCUGCAAGAACCAUCGGAGUGAGUUUAUCUGCAAAUACAAAGAGAAUCAUCAACGCAAGCUCAACCGCAAGUACAACAUAUGCAAAUUCAAGAAGUUCACUUGCAAGUACAAGUGGAACAACCAGAGCAAGUUCAAGCAGAAGCUCUGGUAGUAUGUAUCAAUCAGGAACUAUAUCAAGAGACACAAGUAGAAAUAUCGCUAAACCUAACAGUUCAUCCUUCGGUUCGUCAUAUAUAUCGAAUAAUUACGAUAGUUAUUAUGGAACUAGGGUUAGUUAUCCGCAAAGUUCACCGUCAAUCGUUAAUCGGAGCUGUAAACAAAAAGAAUCGCAGUGUAUUCUCUUAUAG